CUGUUCUCGGUUUGUGUAUACAAUUUUGUGCCUAUUUCUUGUCUGGCCGUUAGUUGCGUAUUCCAAAUAUUUCGCGCUAGUGAUUAUCACUUUCGGCCAAUUGGUUGUUCUUUCUAGUUUUACAACUUUGUGUUGUUAUUAGUGCAACCCCUGCAAAUCGAAGUUGAGUUGCGUCAGAAAGCUUAAAAAGAAACAAACAAAAAAUAGACAAAAUGAGUUUGCAAUCUAUUAAAUAUGCUCCGGGAAAAUUGGACAUUUUGGAUCAGCUGUUGCUGCCCGUACAGUCGAAAUAUGUCGCCGUGAAAGGUGUCGAGGAUGGUUGGAAAGCCAUUAAUAAAAUGCAGGUCCGUGGCGCACCAGCCAUCGCCAUUGUGGGUUGUCUGUCCUUGGCUGUGGAAAUAUUGCCCGAAGAGUUUGAUUCGAAGAAAUCGCUACGCCAAGAGAUCGAGGGCAAACUGAAUUACCUGGUGUCGGCGCGUCCCACAGCCGUGAAUAUGAAAAUUGCCGCCGAUGAGCUAAUCGCCUUAGCCAAUGAGUUGACGAAAGACGAAGCGAUUGAUGUGCAGGAAAUGAAGCAGCGAUUUUUGGCUGCCACCGAAGCGAUGCUGCAGAAAGACAUAGCCGACAAUAAAGCGAUCGGCACAAAUGGCGCCGCUGCCAUAUUGGAUAUUAGCGGCAAAGAUUCCUCUGUACGUGUGCUGACACAUUGCAAUACCGGCUCCUUGGCUACUGCGGGCUAUGGUACCGCAUUGGGUGUGGUGCGGAAGUUGCAUGAUCUGAAAAAAUUGGAGCACGUCUAUUGCACGGAGACACGUCCAUAUAAUCAAGGCGCGCGCCUAACCGCCUACGAGCUGGUGCACGAUAAACUUCCGGCCACACUGGUCUUGGACAGCAUGGUGGCGGCGUUGAUGCGAGCCAAAAAUAUUGCUGCCGUCGUCGUUGGCGCUGAUCGGGUGGCUGCCAACGGGGAUACGGCCAACAAAAUCGGUACUUAUCAGAUUGCCGUUGUGGCGAAGCAUCACGGUGUGCCUUUCUUUGUCGCCGCGCCGCUGACAUCGAUUGAUUUGCAAAUACCGAGCGGCGAUCACAUUAUCAUUGAGGAGCGACCCGAUCGCGAGAUGACACAUGUGGGCGAGCACAGAAUAGCAGCGCCAGGCAUCAAUUGUUGGAAUCCAGCCUUCGAUGUCACGCCAGCUUCGCUCAUAUCGGGCAUUAUAACGGAACGUGGUGUCUUCAGUCCACAGCACCUGAAGCAUGAGAUUAGCGCCGUAUUGGGCGUGUGAAUUUUUUUGUAAUUUGUAAUAAAAAACAUAAAUAUAUUAAAAUAAUAUAACUUAAUUAUAUGAAAUAUGGCCUUUGUUGAGUGAAGGUGCCUGCUGCUUGUUAAGCUUCUAUUAUGUGCGUACAUACAUAAUAUUUUUUUAUGAUUCGAUUUGAUUUUAGACCAAAUACAAAUACAAAUACAAAUAUUUUGUAAAUGCAGUGCUAUGCAAUUGUCAGUGAAUUUCUUAGCCUUAAGUUGUGAUAUGUAAACACAGAAUCCGCCUAAUUGUUGCUCCACAUCAAAAUAAAAUGAAACAAAAAAGACGUACAA